AUGUCUACAUGUUCAUCAUCAUCCUCUUCUUCAGUAUCCUCUCGAUCUUCGUCCACAUCCUCUACGUCAUCAAACGACAGUGUUUCUUCGUUAAAUCUGUCCUCACUUUCACUAACAUCAACAACAAGUUGUUCUAAAUCCUCUCCACCAGUUCAAUCUACUAUGAUUGAUAAUCCUAUUCCGUGGUAUAAAUCUCAACGUGGAAUUAAAUGGAAAUGUUAUUUGUAUCGUGAUCCGAAUAAAAGAUACCCAUGCUUCAUCAUUACAUCAGCAAAUACUGGUACACCAGAUUCACCAGUUUAUACCUAUAUUAGAGCAACAGCUGAGCACAAUCAUUCUUCUAAUCCAAUUGCACAAAAGAGAAAUAUUUUUACUUCAAAAUUGAAAAAUUUAUCAUCUGAUCCCAAUGUUCCUCCUUCAGUCGGACAAUAUAAUAAGUUAUUAGCACAAAUGAAAUUCACACAUGAACAAAUGAAACAAUUGCCAACAUUUAAAAGCAUAAGUAGGUGUACUUUUAUUUCUUGUGUUUGUCUACAUUUCGCUUUACUGACACAUAUAAGUUUGCUAGCUGUAUUUUUUCUUUCUUGAUCUAUAGGAUACACAUUACGGCGAGCUCACAAUAAGAAUAUACCAACU